UAAUAUAGGUGCUCCUUUGCCACUACUUGCUGUGCAAGCACGCUGUCUCUUGCGAAGUCGGGUGUUGGUGAUUGCACUGAACGGUCAUAAUAAGCGUAGGACACAUUAUGUUAUUGUACAGUCAAAACACAAAGUUGGUGCCGACGUCGUGGACGGGCGGCUCGCGCAACAUCCGCGUUCGGGAGAAUGCCCGCACCGUGUCAGCCCUGGCCGUCGCGCACUCAAAAGCAACUACCUACGUCCCACCUGGACUUAGCGAGGUUGUUGAGCCAGAAGCCCUAAAGUUGGCGACAUCUCUGCGGCGCGUGCCAAUCACCAUCCCGUCCAUGCCGGGGUCGCCUGAGAUUGCAACGGCUUUUGUGGGCCCCACGGCUGAGGAGCUCUCUCGCUAUCCAAGAAACGUGCCGGCUUUCGUGCUGCUGCCCGGCUUUGACUCAUCGUGUGUUGAAUUCAGGCGACUAUACCCGCUGCUUGCGGCUGUCGCGCCCACCUACGCAGUUGACCUGGUGGGGUGUGGAUUCAGCGACAGCUCCCUCUUCCUCCGCGAGCCCUCCCGCACCCUCACCCCCGACCACAAGACCGACCACCUGGCAGCAUUCCUGCGCACCACCCUCAGCGGGGCAGCGGAGGGGGAGCAGCAGGGGGAGGGGGAGGAGGGGAAGCAGCAGCAGCCUGCUGGGGCAGUGGGAGGAGCAGCAGCGGUGGGGCAAGGAGCAGCGGGGUCGGCAGGGGGGCCAGCAGCAGCGGAUGAGAGCUCCUCAGCGCCCGGCGGCAGCAGUGGAGCCCGCAGCAGUGGCGGCUGCGGGGGCAGGCGGGUAGUGCUUGUGGGAGCAUCCCUAGGGGGAGCGGUGGCGGUGGCAUUCGCAGUGGCAUAUCCGCAGCUGGUGCACUCGCUGGUGCUGGUGGACGCGCAGGGAUUCCUGCAGGGGCUGGGGCCGCUGCCGUUCGCCCCCCGACCGCUGCUGCAGGCGGGGGUGGCGCUGCUGGGCUCGCAGUGGCUACGACGGGCGGUAAACAAGAUGGCCUACUACGACAAGCCCCGCUUCGUGACCCCGGAGGCGGUGCUGCUCAGCAGUCUGCACACGCAGCAGCCCGGGUGGGCGGAGGCCAACAUCGCGUUCAUGCGCAGCGGGGGCUUCGCGGUGAAGGAGAGCAUCAGCAAGGUACCCCAAGAGGCACUUGUCAUGUGGGGCCGGAACGACGAGAUCUUGGAUCCAGCUUUUGCAGAGAGAUUCAGAUCCACCCUGCCGUACUGUCGCCGACCUGUGGCCUGGAUCGAGCGAUGCGGCCACCUGCCUCACUUGGAGGCACCGGAGCAGGCGGCGGCGCAUAUCCUGGAGUUUGUGGGCCUUGCGAAGGAGGCUAGUACGGAUAAUAACAUUAAUAAUCGUACGACUGAGGGUAAUGAAAUGCGAGGGAAUUAAGGUGCAGACCGCGUAGUGGUGGCGGUGGGGCAUGUGUAUGCUGAGGCCCUAAGUGGGUCUUUCUUAGCAAGCGUGUGAGGUGACAUGUGAGGUUUGCAGCACGGAAGGCACGGAGGAACAUACCGUGGUGCUUGGAAAGUAGUAGCAGCGGUAGAAAGGAGCAGCGGUAGCAGCUAGCAGCAGCGGAGGGGAGGGGGAGUGAAGGGAGCGAGGGUUGCAAAGUGCGGCACGCGUGUGCCUGCUUGCUUGGCACGAUUGCUACAAUUGCAAAAUACUUCUUUGCUUAAAUAUUUGAGUGUCUAGGUGAAAGGUAGACCUGGUCGAGAGGCAGGCUAAUGGGAGUGGCAGAGAGGCGUAGACCUAAAGAGAGAGCGCUAUAGGUGUAUGUGUGAUACGAAGCUAUGCAAACAUUUUGAGCGAAUGGGGUCUGUCCAGUCACGAUGGAAAGUGAGUGCUGCAAGAAAGCUCAAGGUGAACGACCGGGCUGUACGACACACACAUCGGCAACUGUUGUACCGGAUGCUCCUGUUUAUCGCUCGGUAUAUGUCGCUCGGGUCUUCAGAUAUCGGUACUGCUAGAUUUAUGACGCUUUUGUGGUUAUAGGUUGAGAAAGUAGGAUGUUGGGAAUGUGGCCAAGAGUCCCACCCAAAUGUCGUUCAGAACACCCCUGUAUGGGACCCGUGGGGGACAUUCAUCUGGGUCGU